CUUCCAUAUGUAGUCUGGAUUUUUUUUUUUUUUUAAUGUUUCGGCGCGGUUUGUUUUUGUGUCGUCUGUUAAACUAAACGCAGGAUGGAGCGCUCCUCCACAGAUAGUGAUGAAUGUGCCUUUAAGACCCCUAAAUCCACCAGGGUGAGGAGGUCUGGAAACAUUGGAGGCACUCCGAUCACCAUCCCAGCAUCACCUUUCAUGAAGAAGUUGGCUGUGGUACUGGAUGUGAACGUUUACCUCAUGGACAGAGUGGGAAAGCUGAACGCUUCGCCCUGGGCUGUGAAGAAGAUCAACAGCAAAUGUGCAGCCAAGCAGGUGGCGGUUUAUCAGAAACGCCUUCAUGAGGAGGCAAAGAUCCUGAAAGGAAUCAAACAUCCAAAUAUUGUUGGAUUUCGGGCCUUCACGUUGGCCAAAGACGGAUCCAAGUGUCUGGCUAUGGAGUACGGCGGCGAGCAGUCUCUCAAUGACCUGAUCGAGAAGAGGAGGAUGGCUGGGCUGAAAGCGUUUCCUGCUGCUGUCAUAGAAAAGGUGGCGCUGCACGUAGCUCGAGGCCUGCAGUACCUUCACAACGAAAAGCUGCUUCAUGGUGACAUGAAGUCUUGUAACGUGGUCAUCAAGGGCGACUUUGACACCGUGAAGAUUUGUGAUGUGGGCGUGUCUCUGCAGCUGGAUGAGAACAUGAGAGUGUCGGACCCUGAAGCAGAGUACGUCGGCACAGAGCCGUGGAAUCCAAAGGAGGCUCUGGAGGGAGGAGAGAUCACAGACAAGGCUGACAUCUUUGCCUACGGUCUGACUCUGUGGGAGAUGAUGACCCUGACCAUGCCUCACCUCCAGAUGCUGGAGGACAACGAUGAUGUGGGUGAUGAAGAGGAUUCGAUGGAGAGCUUUGAUGAAGACAGUUACUACGAGAGCCUGGGGACAAGGCCAGCACUGGACACCGAGCCUCUGGGAGCCUCCUACCAGAGAAUGGUGGAGCUCUUCUACGUCUGCACUGAAGAAGAUCCCAAAAAGCGACCCUCUGCCGCAGAAAUCGUCCACGCUUUGGAGAGCAACUCAAGUGUUUGGGAAGAAAUCACAGGAGGUGAUAGAUAUUGACUGAUCAUCACAUGCAGCACUUUGUGGACACACGACUUGAUUUUUUUUUUAUGAUUUCCAUGUAAUUAAAAUCAGAUGUAAACUAACAAGAAUCUCCACAGCAGUUUGACUAAUAACAAAAACUAUAAAACUUGAAUUCAGUGUGCAUAAAGUAAUUUAAGCAAAAAAGACCUGAAUCAAGCUGUGGCUGAACCUUAACAGAACCUCAGAGAACACUGGUGUAGGAUGAACCCCAGGAUAAGUCUAAGUCCCGUCUGCUCAGAUACAUAGUUUCAUUAUUGUACCAAACAAGACCUGAUUUCAGGCUGCAGCAGUCAAACCAGAAUGAAACUUUGCACCUGCUGAUAAUCUCUGCCAAGCAGAUUAGCAGGAUAUCUA